GUUGCGUUGGGUGAUUUCCGUCACUCUCGUCAGGAGAUCGAGGCGCUGUCCAUUGUGAAGAUGAAGGAGUUGACCAGGAUGUAUUCUAAGAAAGACAACACUGAGGCCGACAGCUGGAGGGCCGUAGCACAGGAUGUCUGGGACACCGUGGGGAUAGGGGAGGACAGGAGGGAGGAGGUGGAGGAGGGAGGGGCGGCGCCAGGGCCUGGGGGUGUGUACGACCUGAAGGCUCAUAUCGAUAGGCUGACGGAUGUUCUACAGGAAGUAAAGAUUCAGAAUAAUAUGAAGGAUGAAGAGAUCAAAGCUCUGAGAGACAGGAUGGUCAAAAUGGAGAGCAUAAUACCUACUGGACAGGAGGAGGACAUGGAAAAUGACGACGAGGAAGGGGGCGGUUCCCAAUGUGAUGGUGACGGGGCCGAUGAUGACGGACAGCCCAAUCCACCCAAUGAGAAGAGAGUAGUUAAGCUGAUGACAGACGACCCAGCCUUUAGACGAGGGAGGAUGAGGUGGCUGAAACAGGAGCAGACCCGAAUACAGAACCUUCAACAACAGAAUAUUACUAAAAGACUCAGACAGAACACCCAGAACUCCCCAACCCCCAACACCCCUCUGGUCCCAGUGCACCCCCCCCCUGUGGUCCACCUCCCCGGGACCGGCCGCUUCAUCCCCCCACAGGACUGUAAACUGAAGUUCCCCUUCAAGAGCAACCCCCACCACCGUCUCUCAUGGAGCCCUGCCACUGCCCUGAUGAUGCUGGGGGAGGGGGGGAUAGAUGGAGAGUGGGAAGAGCGGGCAGAGGGAGGAGGUGGUAAAGCAACUCCCUCUCCUCCUCCUGCUGCUCUCCUCCCACUCCCCUUCCAGAUGGUCCCUAGAGGCCACACCCCUUCCCCACACCGUACCUGGCAACAACCACAACAGCACCGUAGCAACAGUAACCACGUGAACCCACACUUCCCAGUUCCCGGGCAACAGCAGGGUCCGCCUCCGUGGCGAUAUAGGCGGAACUCCCUGGACAGCUCCCCGCAGGGCAACAACAACAAUCACCAGGGAAACAACUACCACGGCAACCCCAACAACAACGGAGGUGGUCACCAGGGGCGACCGCGUUAUCGUGGAGGAGGAGGAGGAGGAGGGAUGGAGGGAAGAGGAAGAGAGAGGGAUCAGAGAGGAGAAGGAGGGAGGUUUCAGCAGGGGGGAGGAGGAGGAGGAGGAGGAGGGUACCAUCACCCCUACUACAUCCCACCUCACCAACACCUCUACCACAGCAGCAGCCUGCCACGCAGCCACAACCCUCCACCAGGGGGCCACGUUUCUCCACAGGGACGAGGAGGUGGUGUCGGGUGGUUCCAGGAGGGGUACAGCACCCCCCCUCGCAUGAAGAGGCAGUUUAGUGCCCCCGAUCUGAAGAGCAAGGAGACCCCUGUGUGACCUCUCACCCCUGACCCCACACACAGACAACCUUCCUAUAAGGACACUGCAUAUCCAGCUGACAGGCUAUGACCUGUCAUAACACUACAUACUGCUGUUAUAACUGAUGCUACUACACUACAUGACAUGGUGUAUAAUGUAGCUAUAUGGACUGAGGCAUGUGUGUGUGUCUGCAUGCUUCUGUCUCUGUCAUUGUGUAAUUGAAUACGGAACAGAGUGUGUGUGUGUGUGUGUGUCAACGCUUUGCACACUCUGUGUCACUCACACACAACACUAAAUAACGCCAGUGUGUGUGUGUGUGUGUGUGUGUGUGUUCCUGCUGUAGUGUUUAGCGUUCUCAUAUACAACAGGUCUUUUUAAAUCGUAGUUCUGAGGGUCUUUCUGAAGGUUCUAGUUGUUGAUACGUUCUCAUGCACCAGCAGAGCAUUAUGGCCGGUGCCUCAGGCGGCCCACACUACCGUACCUCCUUUCCCGUACAAAUUAAAUAUUGAUCAUUUAUUUGACCGAGACGCACGCCAACACAAAGACCCAUCAAUCUCAGAUAAAGCAUCCGAGUGACAGAAACAGCACCCCUCUGUCCCCUCUGUCUGUCUCCUCUGUCCCCUCUGUCUCCUCUGUCCCCUCUGUCUCCUCUGUCCCCUCUGUCUCCUCUGUCCCCUCUGU